GUGGCCAUCUGUGACCCUCUGAGAUAUGCCACCACCCUGACCAAGGAGCAGGUGACCUGGAUAUGUGUUGUUGUGGUGUUGCCACCAACAAUUCUUGUAAUUCCCAUGGCUUUGUUGACUCUCCGCUUGCCCUUCUGCAAUGCCCAUAUCAUCAUCGCACAUACAUACUGUGAGCACAUGGGCAUUGCCCAGCUGGCCUGUGCAGAUAUCCGGGUGAACAGGGCCUAUGGCUUAUUUACUAUUGCCUUUCUUAUGCUGGAUUUACUCUUGAUUUUUGGGUCCUAUGUGCUAAUCCUAAAAGCGGUUUUCCAUCUCCCUUCUAGGGAGGCCCGGCUCAAGUCCUUGGGCACCUGUGGCUCCCACAUUGCUGUAAUUUUUGUCUUCUACACACCAGCCUUCUUCUCCUUCCUCACCCACCGCUUUGGACAUAACAUUCCCCACUUUGCCCACAUCCUCAUUGCCAACCUCUAUAUCAUUUUGCCUCCAAUGCUCAACCCAGUCAUUUACGGAGUGAGGACCAGGGAGAUCCGGAAAAGAAUUCUGCAUUUGUUCAGCCCUGGAAGGGGAGCUUUGACCAACAUUUCCUGA